AUGGGGCAACGAAUUCACUUUGUGGUCGACCCUCAGGGUUGGUGCUGCAUGGGCCUAAUUAUCUUUGUCUGGAUGUACAAUACAAUCUUCAUUCCAAAGGUCAUCCUUUUUCCUCACUAUGAAGAGGGAAAUAUUUCAGUUGUUGCAGUUUUGUGUUAUUACUUCUGCUCAUUGUUUUGUAUAGCUUCAUUAUUUAGAGCCUCAGUAGCAGAUCCAGGAAAACUCCCUGAAAAUCCAAAGAUACCAAUUACGGAACGAGAACGUUGGGAGUUAUGCUACAAAUGCAAUAUGAUGAGACCAAAGCGUUCACACCACUGCAGUCGCUGUGGACAUUGUGUGAGGAGGAUGGAUCACCACUGUCCAUGGAUUAAUAAUUGUGUUGGUGAAGACAAUCACUGGCUAUUUUUACAGCUGUGUUUCUACACCCAGAUCCUGAGUUCCUAUACGCUGAUACUUGACUUCUGCCAUUUCUACUACUUUUUGCCUCUGAAAAAAGAAAACUGGGAUGUGUUUGUAUUUAGGCAUGAACUUGCUCUCCUAAGAAUAUCUGCCUUCAUGGGUCUAAUAAUAUUAGGUGGAAUAAGUCGACUCUUUUACACUCAACUAAUGGGUAUUUUCACUGACACAACAAGUAUAGAAAAAAUGUCAAACUGUUGUGAAGACAUAUCGAGGCCCCGAAAGCCGUGGCAGCAGACCUUCUCAGAAGUUUUUGGCACUCACUGGAAGAUCCUGUGGUUUAUUCCUUUCAGGCAGAGGCAACCACUGCGAGUUCCCUACCACUUUGCCUAUCAUGUCUAAACAGAUGGAUGGUGAGCGCAUAUGGGUCCUCCAUGCUGGAAUUACGUUACAGGUUUUAUGAUGAUGGGACUAUGACAGUCUUCGAGUCAGUUAAAAUCCAGUUGUAGGCAUCACGGUGUGCCCCGGGCAUUAUUUUAGCUAUGGUCUUGAUUCUAUUCUGAAAUCAAUGCAAGUUAAACAGUGAACUUCAGGCUUAUUUAUUUUCAAAUUAGCUUUCCAAAGAGAUUCCUUUUGUCUUUGAGGUUAAUACCAAAAGCAAACAACUGGAAUGUAGUCUUCAUCCAGUUUGAUACUGGCUCUUAUUAUUUCAAUUUUUUUUUCUUUAUUUUAUUUUUUGCAUGGGAAGCACUGAAGUUUACAUUGAUGGUUAGAUUUCUCACUAAGUGUCUUAUUCUGCCUUGAAUUAUUUUUUUAGGGUUUUUGUCAGUAGGUCUGUCUGGAUAAUAAUGUCUUUUUUUCCUGCUACAUAUGUUUAAAAUCCCAUGAUUCUGCCAGUUAUUUAUGAUAAGCAAAAGUAAUCCUGUAGCACUGCACUAUAAAAGGUAACAUUGAAAGCUGAAGCAGAGUACUUCCUAAACCUUUCUCAGAGAGAAAGGCACACAAAUGUGUGUUUUUAAAUAGAGUACAGUUUACAGUUUACAGUUAUCUUUUGGCCUAGAUACAGUGUUAGAAGAGUGUUCAUGUCUUAUGUCAGUGAGAGGGAUUAAAUA